AUGGCUGCACACGCAUUCCUCCUCUGCUCGCUCGCCUUGCUGACCGCUCUCAGCCGGCCCGGGCUCUCCUUUUCUGAGGAAGAAUUUCAGACUGGACUUAUCUAUGAUGAAGUGCCUGAGAUCCUGGACAGAAGCAAAGAGAACCCCCAGCAAGCAACAAGAGUCACAUCACGUAAAGAUGGAGAGUUUGGCUUAGAAACGGAAGAGGUUUUUCUGACGCCUGAGGAUGAAAAUCCGCUCAGAAGAAUACUGCAGCCUUUCAAGUGGCAUCAUCCAGGCAUGUCUCUGAGCAAAAGGAAGCUUCUUCAGUCUCUGAUGGGACCGUAUGGUCCACUCAGUGUGUCCUACAAUGGGAAGACCUGCAUUCUAUUUAAGGCAAAGCGGCUGGCAAUCCGCUAUAGAAACCAUACUUUUAUUGAUCUGACCGAGAGAGUCUUCAACCCCAGCUCACCAGUGGACACUAAAGGCUCCAUCUGUACAAAGGAGAAAGCUACGCUUUCAUUAAGGUUUGGUGAUGUAGAGGACUUGCGAGGUCUAGUUAUCAGGCUUCAAAUGUCCAACACCUUUUAUGAGGCAGCAGGUCAGAAUUGGUUCACACUAGACAGUGUUCACAUCCACUACAACUGGACCCAGGAGGCUACGUUCAAUGCCAGCAAGGUCUACGCUCCUGCCACUUCAUCCUACCAUUGCCAGCACGUCAGCAGUCUUCACAAAUAUGACACACUGCUAGUGCCCAGCUCCCACACUGACACAUCUGCAAACUGGCACAUCACUUUCACUGAGUUCCAGAUCCAGGCCUUCAAUGUGCAAUCCGACAAGUUUGCGUCGGCCAGUGACUGUGCUACUUUCUUGACGCCAGCCAUCCUUAUGGGUUUGGUGACAUCCUUAAUCCUGCUCCUCGUCUUAGCCUACGCCCUGCACAUGGUG